AUCUUCAAACAUAAUAAACAUGUAACGCCGACAAAACAUUUUCAGACAAUAAAAGAAAACUGUACCAUGAUUCUCAUCUCAGAUUCAGAAUCAACCACUAAUAUAGAUCUCGCGUAAAUCACAAUAAAACACUGUAGUCUGUAGUUACUAUAUUGUUUGGCAAAGGUAAAACAGCAUUCUCAAACUAGUAUAAUUAUGGUUCCAUAUUGUAUAAGAUUAGACGGUAAGCAUGUUGGCUAACGCCUAACGGUCAAGGGGACGUGUCAUUAUUUAAUGUAGAUUCUUCGUCUUUUGACCAAGAUUAUUUGGCAGUUUUUAUCUAAUCCAACGGCCAAAAAGCUUCAUGCUUUAUCUAACCGUUAAUUUGUUUAGACUCGAGUAACUCAUACUGGUCCUCUAUUUAAAACUUUCUGCCUUUCACUCCCUUCUUCUAUUGAUCACUUCUUCUUUACAGUUUGAUUACACAGUCAAAGUUAUAGCAUCAAGAAGAAAAGAUGAGGAAGCUCGUAGGGUUUAUAAUGGGGAGACGGGUUCGACGAGUCUCUAGAUGGAUUCUUGGGAAAACCCGGAUCCGUCGGUCCGGAUACAACCGGCUACACCCGACCAGACCAACUCGCAUGUUGACACUGCCGAUCACCAAACUCAAAAACUGGAGCCAACGCCUAACACAAAGGUUCAGCAUAUUGGGGUCUACGAGAAGAUCCGAAUGUAAACCUGACCCGGUUCCACGGGGACACUUGGCGGUUUACGUGGGUCAAAAAGAAGGUGACUUUCGCAGAGUUUUGGUGCCCAUUGUUUACUUUAACCAUCCUCUGUUCGGUGAGCUGCUCAGAGAAUCCGAAAAAGAGUAUGGAUUCCGACACGAAGGAGGCAUCACAAUACCUUGUCUGUAUUCAGACUUCCAACGUGUCAAAACCCGAAUCGCUUCCGGGUUGGAUUCUGAUCGGAUAUUUCCAUGGAGUCGUCUUUGCAGCAGUUAAAGACGAACAUAAGAACAUAAAGUUCUAAACGUUUUUCAAUGCUUUAUUUUUUUACUGUUUUUCUAUCUCUCUACCUUUUUCUCUUUACUCUUUUUCGUAGUAGUGAGUUAUAAUAUAAGGUGGUAAUGUAAAUACUUGUUAUUAUCGUAAUAUGAUUAUAUUGGAUAAUGAUGUGAUUAGCAUGGGGACACAAUUUAAUGGUAAUGAUAAAAAGCUUUUUCUUUUGUGAUGAAACCUCAAAGGAGAAGGUAAGU